AUGUGGAAUUGGUACUCUGGGGAUGGGGUGCAGCCCUCUGCAGCAGGCUCUGACAAUCCCAGUGCUGGCAACAUGUCAGUGGCAGAUCUAACGGAGCAGCUGGCACAGACUCAGCAGCUGGUGGUACAGCUGAAAGAUCUGAUCAGAGAGAAAGACAAUGACCUGCGCAAGAAGGAUCAGCAGCUCAAGGAGGAAAAAGAAUCUUCAGAAUCCAAGGUCUCGAAAGCCAAACUCCAGAGCAAAGCCAAGAUUGCAUCAUUAACUUCUCAACUAGAAGAGCUGAAGAAGCAGCUGGCUUCACCCGGGGCCCAAGGAAAGAAAUCUGAGAACAAAAAGGGUCCUGGAGAAGGAGAACAGGAGAAUGCCUCUGCAAAUCGAGGGAAGAUUCUAGUGUUGCGAAAACGAGUGGAAGAACUAGAAUCUCAAUUGGCCGCAAAAAAUGAAGAACUCAAAAAAAAGGGGGCAGAACUGGAAGCUCAGCGCCUGCGUGGGUCUGAAAUGGAUGCCAUGCUUGCAACGAAGGAUAAGAAAUUGGCUGAAAAGGAAGCAUACAUUGUUGACCUGCAGAUGUCUGCAGCUUCAAAUCUCUCUCAAGAUGCAGUCGUUACAGAAGUAAAUGUUAAGAGCCCGGCAUCCUCACAAGAUUCCAACCAGGACCUGAAUAUCCUCAUCCAAAACUUGAACAAGAAGGUGGGAGAAAGUGAAGAGAAGUACAGCCUCCUUCAUGAGCAGACCGAAAGCUUGAAAGCCCUUCUUAACAAAGAGAAGAGUCAGUUUCAUGAGAAGGAGGCAAUGUACACAGAAAAUAUUCGGGUAUAUCAGAAUAUGAUUCUGGAAAAGGAGAAAGAGAUGAAGGAGUUAUCGCAGAAACAUGAUCAAGAAAUCUUCAAGCUUGCUGCUAAAUCUGAUGCCACCGCUGACCUUCACCAGCUGCUCAAGGCUCUGAAACAGAAGCUGCAUGAGGAAGAAGAGGUGUUAUCAGGGAAGAAUCAGGUGAUUGAUGUUUUACAAAAGGAGCUGGAUAAUAAGGAUCAACAGAUCGCUGAAAUGAAUGAAAAAUGCAGACGUCUUCUAUCAGAAAAAGAGAACCUCCAGUCUAAACUGGAUGCAGAAAAGCACAUCAUGAGAGCUCAGCUCAGGGACAUGAUGGAGAGACAUGAGACAGAAAUGCGUACUCUGAAUGACCACCACAGUAGGACACUACAAGAUAUCCAGGAAAAGCACGAAGUGGAAAUGCAGGAAAAAUUCCAGACCAUCCAACAACUUCAGGGACAACUGCAAGGCCUGGUGAGCCCAGGAGAAGUUGGAACUGGAUCCUAUGAGGCAGCAGAGAAGGAAAUGACCAAGUUACAAGAGAAAGUAAAGUUGAAGACAGAAGAGGCUGAAGCAAGGAACCAGGACUUGUCACAGUUGAGCGCUUAUGUUGCAGAGCUGGAAGAAGAGAAGAGAGGUUUAGAGAUUAAGCUGCAAUCUGUUGCCGACUUGCAAGUGUUCAAUGAGCAACUCCUGGCCAAACUUGUAGUUUAUGAAGAACAGCAAAGAAAACUGCAGGCUGACCUUGAACAGGUUGCAAAGAGAGCCGAUUCCCAGACCAGCGAGUCAGGCAGCGUUGAUGAGAUGCAGAACCAGCUCCUGGAAUGGCAUGAAAUGAGUGCAGAGAGUGACAUAACACCGGAGCGGGAAGAGACGUCUGCCAUGGCUCUUAGGAUGGCACAGAUAGAAGAGGAGAGAGAAGCCAUGGACUCAGGGCAGAUGGAACUGGAGGAGGAGCUGAGCGCAGCUCGCGGAAUGGGAAAAAUGAGACCACCACGGAGGAAGGGAAGCAGAGGAGCCACCAAACUGCAGGAUGAAUUUGAUUAUAGCAACAAGAGUUUUGAAGAGCAGAGCUUACCCAUGGACAACAGCGAUACUAUAGAAGGCGAGAACAUGGGAGGUUGGUGGCCUGAAUUCGGUUCUCCUAACUCAGGGCUGCGAGCUGUUGUGGAAGAGCUGGAGCUGGAAAGGAACCAGCUUCAGGAGCAGAUCAUGACAUUGGAGGAGCGGUGCCAGGAGCUGGAGGACAGGCUACAGCUGCAGCUUCGCAUUGAAUCUUUACAGGGUGAAAAUGAACGACUGCAGUCACAAGUCUCCCAGAUUCGACUGCAGCAGAGCCAAGAGUCUGAAAAACACCAUGAUCUGCUAUCCACCAUGAAUGACCAACUUAAAGGUUUGACCAAUAGGAAUGCGUUUCUUGAAAAUGCUGUUGUGGAAAAAGAGCAAACUAUCCUGGAAGCAACAUCACGGCUGGAUCAGCUGGGAGCAGUGAGGAAAGCUUUGCAGGAGAAAGAAAACAUGAACAAGGAACUCCUAGAGAAGCUGGAUCAGUCUGAGCAUCAGCUUGAAGAGGUCAAAAGGAAGCAGAAGGCAUUGGAAGCUGAGAAGUCAACAUUAAAACAGUCCAACAGUGAGCUCACUGAGAAGGUGUCUGCAUUCAAAGAGAAGGUACUAAUUCAAGAUUCCUCCUUGGAAAAGCUGCAAAGUGACCUUGAUCAAACUAAUGAGGAUCUUGAUCGUCUUAAUUCAAGUCAUCUGGAGGAGCGAUCGCAACUUAUUCAUGACCUGCAGAGGUGUGAGAGGGAGAUGGAUGUUCUCAAAGAGCUGUUACAGGAAAAGGACAAAGAAAUGUCCUCUUUGUCGGUCACUAUGACAGAAUAUACUGAGCAGAUAACUGUUCUAAAGGAAGCAAUGGACUUUAAAGAUAGGCAGAUGAGAGAGAUGUCUGAUGCUCUAAUUAAAAUGGAGAGAGAGCAUCACCUCAUAAAAGAAUCCCAAACGCUGGAUGUCCAGGAGACGAGCACUAAGAUCUCCUCGCUGACCGAGCAGCUCAGUGAAAUGGAUGAGGAAUUUAAUAAAGCUAAAAGCCUCAAUGAGAGCAAAACCAAAGAAGCUGAAGAACUAAUUAGGCAAAUCAAUGAAAACAGAAUAACAAUUAAGAAUCUUCAUCAAGAGACACAGACACAGUCCGUUACAUACAAUAACCAUGUAGCAGAGUGUUCCGCACAGAUUGAAUCGCUUAAAGAACAAAUGCAUGCAUCUGUUGUAAGACUAAAUGAAACAGAAACAAAAUACAAAAAGGAGGAGUUGAAAGCUUAAAGUUGCAGUUAAAGAAUGAUCAGUCUGAGAAAGCUAAGCUUGCAAGCUUGCUGGAAGAAAAGGCGAAUAAGGAGCAGAGUUUUGAAAAUGAGUUAAAAGCUGAAAAAGAACAAUACAACCGCUUGGUUUCCGAUAUGUCAAAGAAAGAUGAAGAAGUACAACAGUUACUUAAAUGUCUCUCAGAGCAGAAAGAUCUUUGUGAUAAACUAAGCCAAGAAUUGUCUGAUAGUCAAGAUGAUGUCUCUUCUUUAAAGAAGAAGGUUGAAACUCUUGCAGAAGACCAUGAGAACUUGGUUAAAGCACUUCAAGAAAAAGCACAGGAGUUUCAGAAGCAGAUUGAUCAGAAGUCUGAAAUCAUUAAAACACUUCAUUUAGAAAAGGAAGAGCUGCAAGAAAAAUCUAAAGUCCAAGAAACGUCAAUUUCAGAUAAGGAAUCGUGCAUUCAACUUCAUGUGAACUCUGUUGAGGAAUUAGGUAAAAAGGUUCAGAGCUUAGAUGAUCAAAAUAAACAUUUGUGCAGUGAGAAGGAAAACUUACUGACAGAGGUCACCCGGAGAGACUCUGAAAUCUCUCACUUGAAUCAGACUUUAAAUGAUAUCCAAACUAAACUGGUAGAAACAGAGCAUCAACUAUCUGAAGAGAAGAAAAAUAUUUCCAAACUUUCAGGUGCUAAGGAAGAACUGCUUGCAAGAAUUGAACAUAUUUCUUCUCAGAGUUCCAAAAAUGACAGCAAUUUUGCAGCACAGUUAGAAGAGAGAGAAAAGGAAUGCCUUAGGUUAAAGAGUCAGUUACAAGAAAAGAUGGAGGUGUCUCAUACGUUACAGAAUCAGAUGCAGUCUCUUGAAAAGGAUCUAGAGGAAGCUCAGAGGAACUUUCAUGAAAAAGAUGAUAAACUCAAGGUCACAAUGGAUAAUUAUAACAUUACAUGUGAGAAUGUGAAAAAACAACAAGAAACAAAUUCACUCAUGCAAAAGAAAAUGGAAGAAUUAACCAAAGCUGUAGAAAAUGAAAAGAAGGCAUUGCAAGAGAAGGAUUUGUUGCUUGCUACACGACAUUCCCAACUGGAGGACUUGACUUCAAAGUUAGAGAAGCUACAGAAUGAAGAACAGAUUUUUAAAGAGACUAAUCUAAAACUCACAGAUGACAUGGAAGGAUUAAAUAGAGCAAUGGCCAAGCUCCAAGAGGAGUUCAGCCAUAGAACUGAAGAAAAUUCAACACUGCAAGAAAGAUUAAACAUGAAUAACAAGGAUGUUGAAAAGUUAACACUAGAAAGAGACUCAUCCUUGCUGUCUAUCUUGAAUCUAGAAAGUCAGUGCCACACCCUCCAGUCACAAGUGGUUCACCAUCAAUCAGGAGUAGACUCCUUAACACAGCAAGUAAGCGUGUUAAUCUCAGAAAGGGAAAAAAGUAAUUCCGAAAUAGAGCUGUUAAAUGCUAACAUGUGCAGUAAGACGGAAGAAGUUGGUGUUCUCAGUUCACAUUUAUCACAACAGGGCCAUACUAUCGCAUCUCUGAAGGAUCAGAUUGACACAAUCCAACUUGAGAACCAGUCUCUGCUUUGCAGUGUUAAAGAGAAGGAAGCACUUCUUUCACAGAAAGAAGAAUUAAUCCAGCAGGUUGAGAAGAAACUGGAAGGAGAAGGUUACUAUUUACAGACUAUCUCUGCUUUACAAAAUGAGCUACAGAGUUCACUCUCUGAGUGCGCUCUACAGCAGCAGAAAAUUAAAGACCAAGAGAAGGAGAUGCAUAGACUGACGCAGCAGAUGCAACUGUUGAAAGAUAAAAGUGAGGAAGCAGGGUUGUUAAAAACACAGCUGUCCGAACAUAUGGAGAUCAUUUCCAACCUUCAUUCUGAGAUGAAAAAUCUGAGAGACAACGUAAAUGAAUUAAAUGAUGCUUUAACCAAAAAAGACGAAUGUUUGAAGGAGAAGGUAGAUGCUUAUGUCAAUCUGAAAACUCAGCUUUCUGAGAUUCAGGACUCUUUAGAAGAGCAAAAGACCCAUGUUGGAGUGUUAACUCAGGAAAACACACAGUUUAAAGGCAUCUGUGUCCGAAAAAGAUUUGGCAGUAGGAAAUUCUUUAAAAGAAUGUGAUGCAUUAAAACAAAAACUAACUGAUAAAGAGGGACAAUGCAAUAUGUUGAUUCAGCAGAUUACAGAUUUAGAGGAAGCCAAUAGAAAACAGAACAAUGAGUUAAAUGAGUUGAAGUUUUCCAUAAAAGAACAGGAAACUUCCCUUUUGGGAAAGCAAGAAUUGUUAAAUGUUCAAUUAGACGAGCAGACAAAAUUGGUGUCACAUCUCCAGAAUUCAGUGAGCGAGCUUAAUAACACAAUUAAAGAUCUUCAGCAGUCCAUUGUCGACAAAGAAAAUGCGGUGCAGAAUUUGCAGGAAAAAUACACUUCCCUCCAUGAUCGCAAACAAGAGCUUGCAGAAUCCAUUAUCGAAAAGGAAAAUGACAUUUCAAAACUUCUAAGCACUGCAGAUGAAAAGGAUGCUAGGCUUCAGGUUUUGGAAAGCAAUGUUCAAGCCUUUACCAGUGAGGUCAGUCUUCUAAGAGAAGAGCUAGACAAAGGUAAUUCUAAUGUCACAGGUAUGUUGGACACACUCAGAAUGAAAGAUGAAGUCAUAUCUAAGCUUCAGAAAGCAGCGGAAGUCUUAAAAGCUGAACUGGAAAAACUGAACAGAGAAUAUCGAGAGACCCAAAUUCAGCUGCAUGCAUUAACACAAGAAAAAGAGGAAAGCAUCUCGUUAAGCCACAACCUUCAGGAAAAAUGUAAUUUACAGAGUCAGCUUAUUGAAAACUUUAAGCAUGAUAUGGAAAGUUUAAAUUCAGAGUUAAUACAAGCUCGAAAUAUGACUGCAUUUGAGAAAGAAAAGUUCCAACGACAACUAGAGACUGAAAAGCAGGAAAAGCUGAAUCUGGAAGCAAUCUUGCAGAUGUCAAUGUCUGAAAAAGACACUUCAUUGUCCACAUUAGAAAAGCAGCUACUUGAAAAAACAGAAAAUAUAAAGCAAUUUGAAGAAAAGCUUGAGCGCCAGCUGAAGGAAUCAGAAGAACGUAUUGGCUCAGACGCAAAGUCCUGCAUCAGCUGAAAUCCGACAAAGCAGAUCUUCAGAAGCAGGUUAGUGGACAAGCUGAAGAAAUCCAUGCUUUGAAAGUCUGUCUAGAAGCCCUAGAAUGCAAUCUUAGUGAACUGAAGCAACAAUCAGAAAAAGAGUAUCAAAGAGUAAAUGAGCAAAAUGCAGUACUUAGGGAACAGACCAGCAGCUUAGACAAUAUACUGAAAAUUAAAGGAAAAUGAAGUACAAAGUUUGCUAAAAGACUUGAGUUUUGUAGAGGACCAGUUAUGU